UUUAACUUUCACUUUUGAUUCUGAUUCAGUAGGUAACGUUCCUGCUCCGCUCUCGGGACUUUUUGUUCCUCAAAAACUAACUGGACGAUAAAAUCAGACCGCAGGUCUAAAGAACAGAUAGACUGCCGUGAGGAGAGAAUUUAUUUAAAGCAGUUGAUUUCAUUCCGUUGCUGAACAGUUUCGUCUCUGUGUUUCAGGUCGGAUCAUGGCUGACAUGACGAAAAAGGGCGAGGAGGACCUUCAGCUGGAAGAGGCAAAGAAAGAGCUGCAGACGUGGAAGAAUAAAACAAAGGAGGCGGAGGAUGUCAUAGCCAGGCUGACUCUGGAGAAACUUGAUGAGGAGGAGGUGAAGACGAAGGCUCAGCAGGAGAUGAUGGCACGCUUCAAAGAGCAGGAGAAGUUGAAGGAGGAGUUCAAUGAGAGGAAGAUGGAGGUGCAGAAAGAGAUCAAUGACCUCAGCAAACAAAAUCAGAAUCUGAUCGACAACCUGAACAAAUGUCGAGACAAACUGCAGAAGAAGAAGAACGAGUGCACCAAACUCAAGCAAAAGUUCAAGAUCUACGCUCAGAUCCCAGACUCUGAGGUUGAAUUCAGUGCUCGGAGUGACAAGCAGGUAGAGGACGAGGAUCAGCCAAUCAGAGGAGAGUUUGUCAUUGUUCAGAGAGUAUCUGCUCCUCUGAAGAAGGGUCAGGCGCUCAUCACGUUUGAGGAGGAGACAGUUGCGUCUCAGAUUCUGAUGAUGGCGAUGUGUUCUGUGGCCUGUGAUGCUCAGAUCAUGGAUGUGAAGCCAGAGAGAAUCACUAUGGAUCCUUCUGUCAAGUUUGAGGUUCACCUGCCAGUUUCCAGGAAGCAGCUCUGUGUAAGUGGCGUGCUCUCCUCCCUGUCAGAGGAGAGGAUCAAAGACUGCCUGCAGAUCAGUUUCAGCAGGCCGAGCAGAGGAGGAGGAGAGGUGGAGGAGGUGCUGUACGACCAGAACACUGGAACUGCACAGGUCACAUUCCUUCACCCAGGAGUUGCAGACAGUCUGGUCCUGAAGGGGGAGUAUCUUGUGGAUCUGGACUCUGAGAUGAAAGUUCAAGUUGGACCAGUGUACACAUACAAGCUGAGCAAGUUUCAGACAUUCUGCGGUUCCUCGAGGAGAACUGUUCUGCUUGACGGGAUCAAGGAGAUGAUGGAUCAGGAGGAGCUGCAGGAUCACCUUGAGAUCCACUUCCAGAAACCAAGAAACCAAGGAGGAGAGAUUGAGAGCAUCAAGUACGUGAGCCGACAGGAGGAACACCUGCUGGCCUUCUUCACCUGUGAGGAGGAGAAGUGAUGAGGAGGAGGAGGAGGAGGAAGAGGAGGAGGAGGAGGAGGAGGAAGAGGAGGAGGAGGUGUGCAGUGAUCUGUUAGGGUCCCUUGUAGAAGCAGAAUUUGAUUUCUCAACUUUAAACUUGUUCUGUAUUAAAUUCUGAAUCAGUCACAGCAGAGUUUUCAUUGAUUCAUAAAAAUAACAUCUUAAUCUUGAAAUGUUUAUCUUUAAAUAUUUAUGUUUAUCAUAGGAUUUAUUUUAUUGUUUAUAUUUACAAACAAUAAAACAUUAACCAUCA